CCGCAGGCAUGAAAAAUCUAAAAGUUAAAGUAAUUUGUUUAUAAUAAAAGUGCCAGAUACCAGACGCGUAAAAAUUGCCAGCAGUUAAACGAUUUGGCAAACGUAAAAAUCUGAAGCAGCAGCCCCCAACAUACACACACACACACAAAACCACAAGAACAACAAUAAAAAACAGCAAAAAUCUCCCAGAUCCCCUCCCAGUUUUAAGUUAGACUGCAAUGUGCAGCUGCAGCGUAUCCGUACGAGAUGUCCCGGCUCGCUGAUUACUUUGUAAUUGUUGGCUACGAUAACGACAAAGAAAAGACUGCCGGCAAUGUCAGCGGCCAGCCAAUAUGCGGCAAAAUUGUGCAACGUUUUCCUGAGAAAGAUUGGCCCGACACGCCCUUUAUCGAGGGCAUCGAAUGGUUCUGCCAGCCGCUGGGCUGGAAUUUAUCGUACGAGAAACAAGAGCCGAAAUUCUUCAUCUCCGUGCUCACCGAUAUCGAUGCAAAUAAGCAUUAUUGUGCGUGCCUGAGCUUCCACGAAACGCUGGCCAUCACCCAGACACGCAGCGUGGACGAUGAGGAUGAGACCAUUGGCAACAACAGCAACGGCAACUGCAGCCGCGGGUUGCUGGCCGCGCCACCCGUGGAGGCCAUAACGCAUCACAGCAUUAUGUAUGCACCCAAGUGUUUGGUGCUCAUAUCCCGGUUGGAUUGUGCGGAGACUUUUAAGAACUGCCUGGGCACCAUCUACACUGUAUAUAUUGAAAGCUUGCCAUAUGCCAUGGAGAAUCUGAUUGGCAACAUACUUGGCUGCAUACAGGUGCCGCCCGCGGGCGGUCCCCAAGUGCGUUUCUCCAUUGGAGCGGGUGACAAGCAAUCUUUACAGCCGCCGCAGAGCUCUUCCCUGCCGACGACGGGCAGCGGUGUCUAUUUUCUGUUCAAACAGCUGGGCAUUAAAAACGUGCUUAUAUUGCUGUGCGCCGUGAUGACCGAAAACAAAAUACUCUUUCACUCCAAGUGCUAUUGGCAUCUGACCGACAGCUGCAGGGCAUUGGUUGCGCUCAUGUAUCCAUUUCGUUAUACGCACGUGUAUAUACCCAUACUUCCAGCGCCGCUCACGGAGGUGCUGUCGACGCCGACGCCUUUUAUAAUGGGCAUACACAGUUCGUUACAAACAGAGAUCACGGAUUUGCUGGAUGUCAUUGUGGUGGAUUUGGAUGGUGGUCUGGUGACCAUACCAGAUGCAUUGACGCCACCGGUGCCUAUAUUUCCAUCGCCAUUGUGGGAGCAAACACAGGAUCUACUCAGCAUGAUACUUUUUCCCAAUUUGGCGCAAGCCGAUCUCGCAUUUCCCAAUAAUGAGCGGCCCACCUCAACGCUAGCCAAGACGGAGGCACAAAUUGAUAAGGAGCUACGCGCGAUAUUUAUGCGCCUGUUUGCACAGCUGCUCCAAGGCUAUCGAUCCUGCCUGACCAUAAUACGCAUUCACCCCAAAACGGUGAUCACAUUUCAUAAGGCUGGCUUUUUAGGCGCUCGCGAUCUAAUCGAAAGCGAGUUUCUGUUUCGCGUCCUCGACAGCAUGUUUUUUACGACAUUUGUUAAUGAACGUGGACCACCCUGGCGUGCCGCUGAUGCCUGGGAUGAAUUGUAUAGCUCCAUGAACGAGCUGCUCAAAACGGAAGCACAAAAUCGGAAUCUCGUAUGUAAGCUAAACUGUCCACUUAAUGUUAAACUAAUGCUUGCUUUUCCUCUGCUGCAGAUACUCACACAUAUCCAGGAGCUGGGACGCACGUUGUACGAGAACGAAGCAUCCAUUGCGCCCGCCACCUAUGCCCAGAAGGUGCUCCGGCCACCGCAGGGCGCGUUUCAACGCAUCCAUCAGCCAGCGUUUCCACGCAUAAGCGUUGACAAGGUAGAGCUGAUCAUACAGGAGGGCAUACGCAAGAAUGGCCAGUCGCAGCGUUUUCAUGUAACACGCAAUCAGCACAGAAUUAUACCCAUGGGUCCCAGGUUGCCCGAAGCGCUGGACGUGCGUCCAACAACGGUGCACAAUUCAGUGCGUCGUUUGGAGGUUCUGCGCACCUGUGUCGCCUACAUCUUUGAAAAUCGCAUUGCGGAUGCGCGAAAACUGUUGCCCGCGGUCAUGCGCACGCUUAAGCAUCGGGAUGCACGGCUCAUCCUGUGCCGCGAGCUUUUUGGCUAUGUGCAUGGCAAUAAGGCGGUCCUAGAUCAUCAGCAAUUUGAUCUGGUGGUGCGCUUCAUGAACAAAGCGCUGCAGAAUUCUUCGGGCGUGGAUGAGUAUACCGUAGCGGCCGCUUUGCUGCCCAUGUCUACUAUAUUUUGUCGUAAACUCUCGAUGGGCGUUGUACAGUUUGCCUAUACGGAGAUACAAGAUCAUGGCAUAUGGAAAAAUUUGCAGUUUUGGGAAUCCAGUUUCUUUCAGGAUGUGCAGGCACAAAUCAAGGCACUCUAUUUGCUUCAGCGCCGCCAAAACGAACACAACAAAGAGGCCAAUUGUGUGCUGGACGAGGUGCCGCUGGAGGAGCCAACGGCGCUGGAAAUAACCGCAGAGCAGCUACGGAAAAGUCCCACCAUCGAGGAGGAGAAAAAGGCUGAGCUGGCCAAAUCGGAAGAGUCCACGCUCUACAGCCAGGCCAUACACUUUGCCAAUCGCAUGGUCUCCUUGCUGAUACCGCUUGACGUCAAUGUGGAUGCGGCCAGCAAGCCCAAGCUGGCCUUCCGGCUGGAGGAGAACCAGAGUGUUUCCAAUAGUAUUAUGGGAUCGCACAGCCUGAGCGAACAUUCCGAUGAGGGUUUCGAGGAGAAUGAUGCAUCCGAAAUAGGAGUUACCGUGGGCAAGACCAUCUCACGUUUCAUUGAUUGCGUCUGCACGGAGGGUGGCGUCACCUCAGAACAUAUUCGUAAUCUGCACGACAUGGUGCCGGGCGUGGUACACAUGCACAUUGAAUCCCUGGAGCCAGUUUAUCUCGAGGCCAAGCGGCAUCCACAUGUGCAGAAGCCCAAGAUCCAAACGCCUUGCCUACUGCCGGGCGAAGAAAUGGCCACCGAUCACUUGCGGUGUUUUCUCAUGCCGGACGGACGCGAAGAUGACACCCAGUGCUUGAUACCCGCCGAGGGAGCUUUAUUUUUGACCAACUAUCGCAUUGUUUUCAAGGGUUCGCCCUGUGAUCCGCUCUUUUGCGAGCAGACAAUUGUGCGCGCCUUUCCGAUUGCCUCGCUGCUCAAAGAGAAGAAGAUAUCAAUGCUAUAUCUGGCACAUGUGGAUCAGACGCUGCCCGAUGGACUGCAGCUGCGCUCUAGCUGCUUUCAGCUGCUCAAAAUUGCCUUCGAUACGGAGGUGACGCUGGAGCAAAUCGAAACGUUUCGCAAGACGCUAAACAAGGCGCGACAUCCACGCGAUGAAUUUGAGUACUUCGCAUUUCAAUCCUAUGGCACCAUGCUCCAAGGUGUUGUGCCGUUGAAGACCAAGGAGAAGUACUCCACGCUCAAGGGUUUUGCAAAGAAGACGCUGCUACGCACGGCCCAAAAGGCCGGCUUUAAACAGAAGACGCAAACGAAACGCAAAUUGGUGCCGGAGUAUGAGCUGGGCAGAAGUAGCGGCGGCGGCGGCAGCGCGGAUGCACUGGAAACUAACUCUAUAGACGACGAGCUCGAGGAGGCGGACGAGUUUGAGACCCAGCAAAACGAAGCGCUGCCACGCCUGCUAACCACCAAGGAUAUUGAGCGAAUGCGCGAGCGCAGCUAUGUGCGUGACUGGAAACGCUUGGGCUUCGAUGCGGAGGCGCAGCUCGGCUUUCGUAUAAGCAACGCCAAUGCCAAUUAUGCCACGUGCUGCACCUAUCCGGCCAUUAUAGUGGCGCCGGUACAGUGCAGCGAUGCAGCGAUGACGCAUCUGGGACGCUGCUUUAAGGGCCAGCGCAUACCGUUGCCCACCUGGCGGCACAACAAUGGAUCACUGCUCAUACGCGGAGCACAACCGAAUAGCAAAUCCGUAAUUGGCAUGAUUAAGAAUACAACGGGCGGGAAUACCAUGACGCACAAUGAUGUCACCCAUUAUCCGGAGCAGGACAAGUAUUUCAUGGCGCUGAUCAAUACAAUGCCCAAGCUGACGCCGCUGGACGCACUCAAUCAGUAUACGGGCAUGAAUCUCUCGAUGAACUCGCUGCUCGGACAUGGCGAGGACCAUCAGUCUCUAACGCCCGAGCUGAUGCGCAAGCAAAGAUCAAAUUUAAGUGUUACGGAAGGCAGCAAAUCCGGCGGUGCGGGCAACAAAUCUGGCACGAUGAAGGGCAAUGAAAGGAGCUCAGCGGCGCAUGCGUUUCGCAAGAUGCGAUUAUAUGCUUUGGGUGAAAAAUCGCAGGGCAAAUCGAAUUUGAAUGGUGACUUCUGUGCGGAUUUUAUACCCGUCGACUAUCCGGACAUACGGCAAUCCCGUUCAGCUUUCAAGAAACUAAUACGCGCCUGCAUGCCCUCGCAUAAUGCCAAUGAUGCGGAUGGUCAGAGUUUUGCCAAAAUGGUGGAGCAAUCCGAUUGGUUGCAACAAAUCUCAACGCUCCUGCAGCUAUCCGGCGCCGUGGUGGACCUAAUUGAUCUGCAGGAAAGCAGCGUCAUGUUGUCGCUAGAAGAUGGAUCUGAUGUGACCGCCCAGCUUUCAGCCAUUGCACAGCUCUGCCUAGAUCCGUAUUAUCGCAGCAUCGAUGGCUUUCGUGUGCUGAUAGAGAAGGAGUGGCUGGCAUUCGGACAUCGGUUUGCCCAUCGCAGCAAUCUAAAGGCAUCGCAUGCUAGCACGAAUAUUGCCUUUGCGCCCACCUUUUUGCAGUUUCUCGAUGUGGUCUAUCAGCUGCAGCGACAGUUUCCCAUGGCCUUUGAAUUCAAUGAUUUCUAUUUGCGUUUUCUGGCAUAUCAUGUGGUCUCGUGUCGCUUUCGCACGUUCCUCUUUGACUGCGAGCUGGAGCGCUACGAUUCCGGCAUUGCAUCCAUGGAGGAUAAACGCGGCUCGUUAAGCACCAAGCACAUGUUUGGUGGUGGCGGCAGUGCUGCGAAUGGUUCGGAUGAUGAGUGCAAUGUUUAUCCGCUGGACAUACGCAGUCCACGAACGCCCACACAACUGAAUCGCAUUGGACACUCGAUCUUUGACUAUAUCGAACGGCAGCACAACAAAUCGCCCAUAUUCUAUAAUUUCCUGUACUCCUCCAACAAGGAUGUGGUGCUGCGUCCGCAGAAUAGCGUGGCUGCCCUGGAUCUCUGGGGCUUCUAUACCAACGAGGAGCUGGCACAGGGACCCCCUUACGAUUUGGAAGUGACCAAUGUGGAUGAUGAAAUCGAUCUAUCCGAAAUCAAGGGCAAACGCAUGGUCAUCAGUGCCGGCUAUGACAACAUUGAGAAGUGCAAUCCGAAUGCCUACGUGUGCCUGCUCAGCGAGGUGAAGCAGGCGGAAACUGAACGCGGCCAUCUGCCACAAAAGUGGCAGCUGGUGUGGAACAAUCUUGUAGUACCACAUGUGGAGCCCAUGUCGCGCAAAACAUCGCUCAGCAGCAUGCUGGUGCAAACGCAUCAGCAUAAACGCUCCACGCUCGAGAUCAUUAUGAAGGGACGUCUCGCUGGCUAUCAGGACAAGUACUUUCAUCCGCAUCGCUUUGAGAAACAUCCAUAUACGACGCCCACCAAUUGCAAUCAUUGCACUAAGCUGCUCUGGGGACCUGUUGGCUAUCGGUGCAUGGACUGUGGCAACUCCUAUCAUGAAAAGUGCACCGAAUUGUCCAUGAAGAACUGCACCAAGUACAAGGCCAUAGACGGCACCGUGGGACCGCCAAAUGUCAACAUGUCUCAGGGUGACACGGCCAGCAUUGCAUCCAGUGCAGCGACCACCGCGCGCACCUCCAGUCAUCAUUUCUAUAAUCAGUUCAGCAGCAAUGUUGCCGAGAAUCGUACACAUGAGGGACAUCUCUAUAAACGUGGCGCCCUGCUAAAGGGCUGGAAACAGCGUUGGUUUGUUCUGGACUCGAUUAAACAUCAGCUGCGCUACUAUGACACAUCCGAUGAUACAGCGCCCAAAGGCAUUAUAGAGCUAGCCGAGGUGCAGUCGGUGACGGCCGCACAACCCGCACAAAUUGGCACAAAGCGCGUCGACGAAAAGGGGUUCUUUGAUCUAAAAACCUCGAAACGCACCUAUAACUUUUAUGCGAUGAAUGCGAAUCUGGCGCAGGAAUGGACUGAAAAGCUGCAGGCCUGUUUGCAGUAGAAUUAUAAACCAUCACAAUCAGCAGGCAUAGCCAUUGCAGAAACAAAAUACCAUUUGUUAUUAAAUCCUGGCGUUCUAUUAAGUAAUCCUCCCCCCAACUUCAGCGUAGGAAUCCGUUCUAUGCGUGCUCCUCAUAUUCUGCUCCCCUACCUAUUUCUAUAUAUAUAUAUAUAUAUAUAUAUAUAUAUUCUGCUGAAUGUUUUGUUUUGUUGUAGGACAAUCCAAUUAACGUUAUUAUUAUUAAUGUUUCCCCUUUUUUUUUAUAUAUGAGAGAGUAUUUAUUUGUCAACGCGUGCAUUACUCUGGAUCUGUAGUAGCUCUGUGUGUAUUAUUUAUAACCGAAAUAUUUUUACAUAUAUAAGUUGAAUUAGUGUCAAAAGUUGUUUAUUAACACUCGCAUAAUGCAUAAAUUACAUGAAUAUUUAGCAACAAUUAACGUAGGCGACAAAAGCUAAACAAAUUAAAUAGUAAAAAGUAAAAGUAACUAAACAAAAAAACAAACGUUCUGUAAAUGUGCAUAUAUAAAGAAGGAUACUAUAAUAUCAUGUGAUUAUACGUAUAAUGCUGACAAAAAUGAAUGAAAAGUGUAUUGCAGAAGGUAACCACGAUAGCAACUUUUUAUACACAUUUUUAUAUAUAUAUAUACAUAAUGCAUAUAUGCUAUAUGUCUAAACUCUACAUACAUACAUGCAUACUUAUAUAGUAAAAAUACCAAAGAUAAUUCCACCUUUGUUGCGCAAUUAAAAUGCAUUUCUUAAUUUCUUCCUUUGAAUUAAAUUUAAUUAAUAAA